AUGCUUACUCAAAGAUUGGUUUCAAGAACUAUGUAUAGAGGCGUGCCUCUUAAGUACCCAGUUGGAUAUUUUAGGACAUACUCUUCAUCCAACCCAUUUGCAUUAAAUGACAAGGAAAGAAAAGAAGCCAGGGCCAAAAGCAAAUUACCUUGGUAUAAACGAUGGACAGAAUAUUCUCAGUCAGAACAAUUUCAAAACAAGACAAUGUUAAAGAUUUAUGUUGGUUGUUUUUUUGUUGCGUUGGUUCCAUUUUAUUUUUAUAUGAGAGAUAGAUAUCAUGAAGACAAGCAAAUGAAACAUAUCGAUGCAAAAUAUGCCAAAGAUCCUUCAAGUUUAUCGGAAUAUGAGUAUUUGGUUCUUAAAUCAUUGAAUAAUCUGGAAAAAUUACGUCCAUUGGAAUUGAAGAAAUACAAGUUGUAUCAAUUAAUGAGAAAAGAGUUUAGACGUAAGAAUUUGUUUAACGAAGAAAUGUUCAACCCAACUCCACAAGAAUUAAAUGAUUGGUAUCAACAACAACCAAGACAUAAAAGUGCAUCUUCAAAUGCCCCGGUAUUGACAGAUAAAAUUGACUCCAAGGAUAAAGUUAACAUUCACCCAUCUAUUCAGCCUGCAGAAGAUACUACGUCGUUCUAUGAUGAAAAGGCAAAAGAGUAUGAUGAUGCUGUGAAAUGGGAAGAGAGAGGUAUUCUUAUGGGCGGUAAAAGAAGAUGGUUGAUGCAACAUGCUAAAGGAGAUGUUUUGGAAGUUUCUUGUGGUACUGGAAGAAAUAUUCCUUACUUUUAUCCUGAUCAAGUGAAAUCUAUGACUUUUAUUGAUUCAGCUCGUAAUAUGGUUGAGAUUGCCAAAGAAAAAUUCACAGAAGCGUUUCCAAAUUAUAAAAAAGUUGCUUUCACUGUUGGGAAAGCUGAAGAUAUGUCCAAAAUUGCAGAGAAUGUCAAAUAUGAUACCAUUAUUGAAGCAUUCGGAUUAUGUUCUCAUGAAAAUCCUGUACAAGCUUUGAAAAAUAUGGCCAAGUUAUUGAAACCUGGUGGUAGAAUUGUUUUAUUGGAACAUGGUAGAAGUAACUGGGAAUUCAUCAACAAUCAUUUGGACUUUAGAAGCGAAAAAAGAAUGAAGACUUGGAAAUGUAGAUGGAAUUUGGAUAUUGGAGAAUUAAUUGAUGAAGCAGGAUUAGAUAUCACAAUUGAAAAGAGAGCACAUCUUAGUACCACUUGGAUGUUGGUAGUUAAACGUCCAGAGGAUCCGAUCAACCAAGAAGAAAAACCUUUCUUGGACAAGCUCUUUGGUAGAGACCCAAGAAAAGUUCAAAAAUAG